AUGCUCCUACCACAGAUAGCCGACGAACAUGACGCGGACAUCCUGAUCCUGUGUGAACCAUACAGGAGAAGGACGACUCAGACGUACAUCACGAACGCAACAGAGACUACCGCUAUCCGGGUAAGGGGUGCCGUCCAAUCGCGAGUCUCCAACCGUGGAGUAGGGGACGACUUCGUCUGGGCCAGGGUGGGCGCUGUCACUUACGUCAGCGUCUACCUGACGCCCAACUGCACUGCGGCGGAAUUCGAGAGGAAGGUGGCGCUCCUAGAAGACGGAAUCAGGGACCUGCCCGGGGAUGUCAUCGUUGCGGGGGAUCUCAACGCGAGGGCGACCGAGUGUGGAAUGACAGAAACGAACAGACGCGGACGACUGCUACUGGAAAUGGCCGCAAGGCUGGACCUGGUAGUGGUAAACACGGGAAACACGCCGACGUACAGACGAUCAGGGUUCGGAGACUCCAUCCCUGACGUGACGCUGACGUCGGACGGAAUCCUGUCACGGCUGAGGGGGUGGCGGGUGAUCGAGGACUAUACAGGCAGCGAUCACCAGUACAUCACCUUCGAAGUGGCAGGACGGACAGAAACGAAACGAACUAGCUCCCACCGACCCCCGCGGUGGAACCUCGAAAAACUCGACCGACGAAAAUUUUCUGAGGAGUUGAUGGCAGCACCAGUUCUGAUGACGAAAAUUCCCCCCGAGCUGACUGGCCGGCAAAGGGCGGAGAGACUGACAGACGAGACGGCCAAACUAAUAGACGGCUUGUGCAACAGCACAAUGCCGAAGCGACGGCAGACACAGAAAAGACGACCACAAUACUGGUGGUCGGACGAGAUAGCCGAAUUGCGCAGGAUAUGCCUGGCAAAUCGGCAACGAGUGACGAGGGCUGGGGGCGGACCCGAAAGGGGAAACCUCCAGGCCAUUUACAAAACAGCACGAAAGACGCUGACGAAAGCAAUACGAGACAGCAAGACGCGAUGCUGGAGGAAGCUCUGCGAGGAGGUGAACGAGGAUCUCUGGGGAACCGGUUACAAGAUUGUGACCGGCAAACUAGGGGCUCGAGUUCCACCGGAACUCAAAGACGCCGAAACAGCAGGACGGAUUGUUGACGGAUUGUUUCCGACGCACCCGAUACGGACGAUUCUGAAAGCCUCUAUGGCAGAGUUUAAUCGGCUAGAAAUCGUCGAAGAUACGACAUUAGAUUUUCAAGAACUGUAUAGAUAUGUCAUAGUAGAACCUGUCAAGAAUAAUGACAUCGAAUGGGGUCUUGGAGAAUCUUCGUUAAGCCCCCGAAACGUGUACUGA